AUGACUUUAGCGCAGCUCACGUCGUCGCCAAUCGCCCGUCCUCCUCGUCUUUUUCGUCCGAGGAGGAAAAAAAGCGCGCGGUAUUCUCGCGCGACCACCACCGAAGCGAAAUCAUCGUCGAACGAUGGAGUAAACGACGACGACGGGGAAAAGAUGAGAAAAAAUCCAGACUUGUACAGCGGCGGCGACGAAUUGGACGACGACGACGUGGUGCACAACGAACAAAGGAAAAGGACGAUGAAGAAGAAACCAGACGUUCUCGCCCCAGCGGGUGGAUGGCCACAACUGGAAGCGGCGAUAAAAAACGGCGCGGAUUGCGUGUACUUCGGCCUGGAGCUUUUAAACGCACGAGCGCGAGCGAAUAAUUUCACCGUGAAGGAGUUGCCUAAAGUGAUGGAUUUUUUACGAGAAAGAGGCGCGAAAGGGUACGUGACCAUGAACGUGCUCGUAUUCGACGAUGAAUUGACGGAAUGCGAAAGCUUAAUACGAGCGUGCGCGACAAAUGGCGUGGACGCGAUGAUUGUGCAAGACGUGGGCGCGGCGAGGUUGGUGAAACGGGUGGCGCCGAACAUGGCAGUGCACGGAUCGACGCAGAUGUCGAUCACGGAUGCGAACGGCGCCAUGUUCGCGAAGGAGAUUGGGUGCGAGAGAGUCGUCGUCGGGAGGGAGUUAUCCAUUGAGGAGAUAAAAACGGUGGUGGAGAAGUCACCGGAGACGACGGUUGAAGCGUUUACGCACGGCGCGUUGUGCGUGAGUUAUUCCGGGCAGUGCUUUUCGAGCGAGGCGUGGGGCGGGAGGUCGGCGAAUCGAGGGCAAUGCGCGCAGGCGUGUCGCAUGCCGUACGGGUUUGUAGUGAACGGGGAAAUUAAAGCGAUGGGGGACGAGAAGUAUCUCUUAAGUCCGCAAGAUUUAAUGGCGGUAGAUUUAGUUCCGCAAUUAAUCGACGCCGGCGUGUCAUGCUUUAAAAUUGAAGGGCGAUUGAAAGGCGAAGAGUACGUCGGGUUGACGACGGCGGCGUAUCGGCGAGCGGUAGACUUAGCGUGGGAGAAUAGAAAUGUGUCCAAGAAGGAGUUGUUGACGGAUGAGUCGAGAUUGGAGUUGCGACAGGUGUUUGCUCGUGCGCAAGACGAACACUUUGACGGGUUAACGACUGGUUUUUUAGAGGGCACUCGGCAUCAAACGAUUGUGAGAGGGCGAAAUCCGAGGCAUCGAGGCGUAUUCGCCGGGCGAGUGGUCGAAGUAGACGCAAAGAAAGAACGAGUGACGAUACAAACAACAACAACGACUAACAACAACAACGAAGAAGAUAGCUCUUCCAUCAAUGGCGUUUUGAAGCGCGGGUUUGGCGUCGUGUUUGAUGACGGCGCGCCGGAACUCGACGAGCAAGGCGGUUUCAUUUACGAAAUCUUCGACGAAAGAGGGAGUUACGUGGACUCGAGCGAGAUGUGUUCGAGCGAGUUUGUAACUUUGGCAUUUGCGAGGAACUCAAUGGAUUACCAGAAAAUUCGACCCGGGAAUAUCGUGUGGCGAACGUCGACGACGUCCGGCGAGAAGAAGGCGCAACAUCGCAAGAAGGAGAAGAGCGAGGAAGAGGUAGUGGCGACGGCAUCGUCCGCGUCGCCGAGUGCGGAUGGGCGCGAUGACGUCGUUUGUAUAGUCUCUGGAUCGCGCGAUGCGCCUUUGAAGAUCGCUUUGUACGAUUCGUUAGGAAACGUUGGCGAAGCGAUGACGUCCGUGCACAUUUCAGAGGCGAAGAAACAACCGAUUGAUUUUCAAUCCAUCGCAAAAACGAUCGGCGAAUUAGGAGGAACGCCAUUUUUUCUCGACGAUGAAAAGAACAUCGACUGCAAGAAACUCUUCUUCUCGGAGACUGAGACCGAUGAGAACAACAUCUUCGUUCCAGCCGGCGAAAUCAAGAAAGCGCGAAGAGAAGCGGUCGAAAUGUUGCUGGAGAAACGACGCAACAUGGGCGCGGUGAAAGCGGAAGCGAUGGCGAGCGACGACGUGAGCGUUUCAGACCAAAUGUACAAAAAUGAAAUUGAAAAAUGGUGGGGCACGCCGACGGCAAUCGCGUCAAAAACAAGAGAAAAGAAUGUUCCGACAACAAAAUCGUCUCCGGACGACGAGCCUAAACUUACCGUGCUCUGCCGAACGAUGGAACAAGUCGAAACGUGUUGCGCGUUUGAUUUCUUGGACGAAAUUCAAGCCGAUUUCUUGGAAGUCCACGGUUUACGCGACGCGGUGAAGAAAAUCCAAGAAGCUGGUAAAAAAGCCGUAGUCGCGACUCCGCGCGUGUUGAAACCGGACGAGGAAAAAUUGUGGCGGUUUUAUUUAAGCUUAAACGCGGACGCCCUUUUAGUUCGGUCCGCGGGCCUACUUCGCAAACUGAACGAGUUGAUCCCGGAAAAAGCGGAAGAAGGGAAAACCUAUCCGCGACUUCGCGGCGAUUUCAGCUUGAACGCCGCAAAUGUUCUCACCACCUCCACGUUCCUGGAAAGGUUCAACCUGGAGCGUUUGGCGUUAACGCACGACCUAAACGCGCGCCAAAUCCGCAACCUCGCCGCCGCGCUUCCUCCGCAAACCGCCGCCUCGAAAAUCGAAAUCAUCCUUCACUGCCAUCUCCCAAUCUUCCACACGGAGCACUGCGUCUUUUGCCGUUUCCUCUCCGAUGGUAACAGCUACAAAGAUUGCGGCCACCCGUGCGAAACAAACGACGCGCGAUUGCGCGACUCGAACGGCAAAGACCAUUUAGUUCUCGCGGACAUGGGCUGUCGCAACACCGUCUUCAACGCCGAAGCGCAAUCCGGCGCCAUGUUUGUUCAAGAUUGGAUAAACAUCGGAAACAUAAAGAACUACCGAAUUGAACUCGUGGAUACGGAUAAAAACGAAACUGUUUUGCUCUUACACACGUACGAGAAGUUGCUCAGAGGAGAAAUAUCCUCUCGAGACGCGUACGAGCAGUUGAGGAAAGUCAAAGACAAAAACGGAAACGUCCAAGGAUGCAACGUCGGUUCCUUCGCCGUGAGAGAAGAGAAGAGCAGAGACGGGAUGAAGAAAACCGCGGCUGAGAUCAAGUUGAACAAUCAGGAGAAAAAGAAGAAAAGGUAUACUAAUAACACGAAUAAAGAUAACAGUAGUAAGAAACCCUCCUCGUCGGUAUCGAGAUGA